GAGAGAGAGUGUGUGUGUGUGUGUGUGUGAGAGAGAGAGAGAGAGAGAGUGUAUAUGUGUGUGUGUGUGUGUGUGUGAGAGAGAGAGAGAGAGAGAGAGAGAGAGAGUGUAUAUGUGUGUGUGUGUGUGUGUGUGUGUGUGUGAGAGAGAGAGAGAGAGAGAGAGAGAGAGAGUAUAUGUGUGUGUACUCAUCUUUCCACGUGUGGAAUGCGCAGAGAGGACAGCGGACAAAGCCGCGUUGCUUCAGGUCCAACAGUGCUUUGGUGUUCUUUAGGUCUUCUCUCACGUCUUCCUCUCUGUCCAUGUCCAAUGUCAGCCUUUGUUGGGAUAAUUCUUCUAAUACUGGCCUCUGAGGUUUCUACUCAAGGCCGAUUAAAACUGACGGUUUUGUCAGAGGACCGGCUCCAGAUGAAAUGGAAGGAGGCUGAAGGGCCAGUGCAAGGCUACAAAGUCAGAGUUAGAACAAUUUCAGAUGUUCCUGAGCCAGAGCUGAUGCUGACCACAACACGUGGUCGGGCCACUGUGGCAGGCCUCAACUCCAAACAAGAGUAUUUGCUACAAGUGCUGGCGCUGAAUGGAACUGUGGAGAAACUCAUCGCUAAAAGACGUUUCACAAUUAAUGUGCUGCGGGAGGAGGAAGAGGCCCGCAAUGGAAACCCAAAGCACAAGAGGAAGGUCCAGGCCAUUGGCUCAGGCUCUGGUGAGAUGGACGAUGCCACUGAAGUUCUGGAGUCACUGCCCACUGUUCUGUACCAGGAUCCAACCACUAUAGAACCUCCCACUAUUGCUGAUCAAGAGGAACAAGAAGUCGAAAAGGUCAAAGAUAAGAAAAAAAAGAAGAAAGACAAAAACCGUACAAAGACAAACGAUGAGAAGGUUGAUAGCAGAGGUAAACCUGCAGAGGAGGAGCACAAAGUGAGAAAAAACACCCCAGUUACAGCUGGAUCCUCUCCCAAGCCUUUCGAGUGCAGGGUCGGGGUGCAGGCUGAUCUUGUCCUGCUGGUAGAUGGCUCCUGGAGUAUUGGACGCACUAACUUCAAGAAGGUGCGGGAGUUCCUGGAGGGCCUGGUCACCCCCUUCCGCAUCGGCCCAUAUGGAGUGCAAAUUGCCCUGUCCCAAUACAGCGGAGACCCUCGCACUGAGUGGCAGCUUAAUAACUUCACAUCCAAAGAGCAGCUCCUUGAUGCUGUCCGAAACUUCCGAUACAAGGGAGGGAACACCUUCACAGGUCAGGCUCUCAUUCAUGUCCUGGAGGAGAAUUUGAAGGAAGAGGUCGGGGCCAGGUCAGAUACCCCACAAUUUCUGCUGCUUUUGACAGACGGUAAAUCUCAGGAUGAUGCCAUUGCUGCAGCCAGUAGGCUGAAGAACGCAGGAGUUGAGAUCAUCGCUGUGGGUGUAAAGAAUGCGGAUGAGGCCGAGCUGAAGCAGGUAGCGUCUGAGCCUCUGGAGCUGAAUGUGUACAACGUGAACGAUUUCCCUCUGCUCAGUAAACUGGUUGGUCGACUGGUGCGCAUCCUGUGUGGGAAAAUGGAGGAGCGCAGCAAAACAAGACGUGCGCAUCCCACUGAAGACCCAGGCCUGUCCUACCCGAGUCCCACAGACUUGCGAUACUCUGAGCUUGGUCCCAAGGAGGUGCGUUUGAGCUGGACAGGUCCGGGCAGAGUGGUGCAGCAGUACAGGGUGGUGUUCCACAGCAGUGAGGGACAGAGUCCACAGGAGGUGGUGGUGAAGGGGUCAAACUCCACAGUGAUGCUCACUGGACUGUCGUCACAGACACAGUACCACGUGUCGAUCUUUCCUGUAUAUGAGGACAAUGUGGGCUCUCCUCUGAGAGGCAUCUUCACUACAUCAAUGCUGGCCAUGCCUGAGUCUCUGGAGGUCACUGCAUCCUCUCCCAGCGGUCUCCGGGUGCGCUGGAGGCCUGCUCAUGGAGCUACUCAGUACAUGGCCCUCUAUUCAGCUCUCGCUGAUGGAGAGCCUGAUGAUGCUCAAGAGGUGAAAUUUAGAGCUGAUGAGACUGAUGUAGAGCUGCGAGACCUGAUGCCUUCUACAGACUACUCAGUCACUGUGUACGCUUUGUAUGAAGAUGAGCCAAGUGAUCCUGUCACCGCUAUCGCUACCACAUUUCCACUACCAUCUCCUCUCAGUCUGCAGUUCCCAAUGGUCAGUCACAGCACUCUUAAGGUCACAUGGGUUCCUGGGGCAGUUGAUGUUCCUGCCCAUCGUGUCACCUACAGCACAAAUCAUGGGAGUGAUGUCAAACAGGUGGAGGUGGCAGGUGUGAACACAGUCUUACUGCAGAAUCUGUCCUCUCUGUCAAAGUAUCUGGUGUCUGUGCAGUCUCUCUAUUUAAAAGGCCUCUCUACUCCCCUCACUGGUAACAUCACUACAUUAAGGGUGCCUGCUCCGUCUGAGCUUCGGGUCACUAACUACUCUGAGAACACUCUAACAGUACGCUGGGAGCCGGCUGCGGACGACGUGACCUCCUACCUGAUUAAAUGGAUCUCUCUGAGUGGAGGAGACCUGAGGCAGCUGAAAGUGAAUGGAGAGAGUGAAGGAGCCACACUGGAGGGGGUUGAGGAUGAUAAAGAAUAUCAGAUCUCACUAUCUGCCCUCUAUGCUGAUGGAGCACAAAGUGAGGCUGUGGCUAUAAGAUACAGCACCUUGUUUGGGGGAGGUCCCACUAGUGUGUCCAUCUCUGAAGAGACUGCAGUCAGUAUGCUGGUCAGCUGGGUUCCUCCUAAUGCUCAUGUGCUGCAGUACCACGUAUCCUACACUCCUUUAACUGGAGAUGCACGGGAGAACAAAGUGUUGUUGCCAGGCAGUGAAAGAAGAGUCCUUCUGCAGUCUCUUUUCCCUGACACUCGGUACAGCGUGCUGGUUACUGCUGAGUACCGCAACAGAGAGGGAGGCAGUGCCUCCGCACAGGGCAAAACCACCAGUCUACGUGUGAGCAGUGUGAGCGUGGUUCGGUCUGAUCAUUCAAGUAUCUGUGUGUCCUGGAGGCCAGUAGCAGCAAUCACUGCAUACCACAUAGUCAUCCAGGCCCUCAGAGAUAAGCAGAUAAAGGAGGAAACGGUCAAAUCAACUAGCAGCAGUCACUGUUUCAAUGAGCUACAGCCAGAGACGGUGUAUCGGAUAAGCGUGCACUCCCGCCUAGGAACAGUAGAGAGCACUGCUGUCACUAUUCUCCAUCCCACAGCUGCAGCACCAUUAAGAGCACACGUCCCUCCAAGACUACAUCCCAUACAAAAGGAAAUGUGUCCUGAGAUGACUAUCAGGAAUAGUGUGAUUAAAGGCUUUAACAUGAUGGAGGCAUUUGGUCUGACUCAGAGAGCCCACUCCACUGUGGAGGGUGUUUCAGUGGAGCCUUUUAUCUUCAGCACUAUUCCCAGCUACACCCUCUACAGAGACGUACAGCUGACCCAAAGCACAGGCUUUAUCCAUCCAGCAGGCUUUUCUCCAGAGCACACAAUCAGUUUGGCCUUCCGCCUGCUGCAAGACUCGCCCAAGGAGCCCUUUGCUCUUUGGCAGCUCACUGACAACGAUUUCCAGCCCAAAAUGGGAGUGGUGCUGGACCCUGAAAGGAAAGUGUUGCUCUACUUCAGUCUGGACUACAGAGGAGAAGUUCAGGAGCUUACUUUUGACCAGCCACAAGUCCACACUCUCUUUUAUGGCAGCUUUCACAAGAUUCACCUGUCCGUUAGUCAGGUGAGUGUAUCCCUGUCAGUGGACUGUCAGAGGGUUGGUGAGAGACCUGCCCGUCCCCUAGGAAACAUACCCACUGACGGCUUUGAGAUGCUGGGCAAGCUAGUGAGGACUCGAGGGCCACGCAGUGGCUCUGCUGCUUUCCAGCUGCAGUCAUUUGAGAUCAUAUGUAACAUUACCUGGGCCUUAGAGGACACAUGCUGUGACCUGCCCUCUCAGAGAGAUGAGGAGAGUUGCCCAGCUCUUCCAUAUGCGUGCACCUGCACUUCCAACGUCCCAGGAGCCCCUGGGGAUACAGGAUCUCCGGGGAAACCUGGUCCUCGUGGGCAGAAGGGGGAAAAAGGAGAGGGAGGCCAAAAGGGUGAAAUGGGGCCUCCUGGAAAGGCUGGACCAGAGGGUGGCUUAGGUCCUCUGGGGUCCUUGGGCCCUCGUGGUAUAACAGUGAUGGGGAAAAUAGGGCCUCCAGGAAUUCGGGGAGAGAAAGGUGAAAUGGGAAGGCCUGGGAACCAGGGUUUGCCAGGACCACCUGGCCCAAAAGGUGAAGUGGGAAAUCCAGGACCUAAGGGAACCAGAGGUGUGGAGGGUAAUAUGGGACCCCCAGGGACUACAGGGCCAAGGGGCUUCCAGGGUAUACCAGGCCACCCAGGGCCUGUUGGAGAAAGGGGGCCACUAGGACUUGUAGGGCCCUCAGGACUUCCUGGGAUUAAAGGUGAGAGAGGAGAGAAGGGAGAGCCACAGUCUCUUGCCAUCAUCUACGACCUUGUCACUCAGGCCUGUGAAAAGCUAGUGCACAACGAAGUGCUUAAGUUAGACGCCUUUCUAAAUGAGAUUCGUCGGACUCCUGUGCCUGUUGAGGAGCCUGUUGGACCUCCAGGUGAGCCUGGAAUCCCGGGUGGUAAAGGACCCCCAGGAUCCAGAGGUCCUCCGGGGCGUCAAGGAAACAGAGGGGAGUCAGGCAGACCAGGGUAUCCUGGUGAGCAGGGACGCAGGGGUUUGCCUGGCGAGAAGGGAGAUCCAGGCUCAAAUGUCCAGGGACCACCAGGAAUAAAGGGUUUUUCAGGACCUCCAGGAGAAAGCAAGAUGGGGAUACCAGGCCCUCGAGGUGAAGAUGGUAAAUCAGGUAUUCCUGGCAUUCCCGGAGCUGCAGGACAGCCAGGUGAGAUUGGCCCCCCUGGUGUGUGUGACAGCAGCGGCUGCCAUCGUGGAGGCCCUCCAGUUGCAGAGGAUCCAUACUAUGGAUACCAGCCUUGAUCCAAACAUAAGAACUAAGCAGUUACGACCAGAGAGCAACUUUCACCAGAUAUUAUAGAGACACUUCAGGAUGUCAUACUCAAAUGGGUCUGAAUGCAAGGGAGAUGAUUUUUAUCAUAUUUAUAGACCUGUUUGUUAUUCCUCAAUGUGUGAGCCUUCAGACUGGCUCCUCUUUUUUAAUGAGAUCUUCAAAACGUUUGAUCAUCCUUUGCUCUAUAUACAGGCAUUUUACGCCUGUUUUGUUUUAAUAGUUUCCCUUCUUUCACUAAUCUUCUGGACAUAACCAGUGCCAUGGAUCAUAAAUAUUCUUGACAAAUAUUCUUGAGCAGGACUCAUUAUGUGCUGCAAGGAGGAGAUGGUAUUUCUGUAAUAUGGGGAAUUGAUAGGAAAUUUACAAAAAUGCCAAUUUCGCACUGAGAAGUUUUUGGCUGGUAUUUUACCAAUACCGUGGUUUAUUUUGUUGUAUUUAUGCACUACAAUGUGUGUGUGUGUGUGUGUGUGUGUGUGUGUGUGUGUGUAUGUGUGUGUGUGUGUGUGUGUGUGUGUGUGUUUUUUUUACCAAUAUGUUGUCGAAGGCAUAUUAAUACUAUCACUUGUUUUUGUACUCUGAUUUGAACUGCCUCAAAAUAAUUUUGAAACUAAAUUGAAUUGUAUGAAAUAAUCAUGAAACAAAACUGUGAUAAAUGUGUGACGGCUUACUGAUAUUCAUAAGGCCUAUUUUACUUGCUAAUGUCUAAAAUUAUUUUAGCACAAUUAACACUAUGUAUAUUCGUUUUAUUGCCAUAUUACUGUUUAAAUAGUAAUUUUUCUAACUGAAAUCUGUACUAACCUGAAAGUAUGUGUGUGUGUGUGUGUGUGUGUGUGUGUGUGUGUGGUGUGUGUGUGUGUGUGUGUGUGUGUGUGUGUGCGUGUGUAAAUGAGCAUCAGUAAAUCAUUGUGUGUAUGGAACAAAACUAUAUUUUAAAUAAUAAAAAUAGUCGUACUAUGA